AUGUCCCACCCCUCGGCCGCCGUCAAUCUGCCCGGCGCCCGCCCGCCCGCGCCUCCGAGGGACGCCGCUGCGGGCAGCCCGGCCGGGGCGCGCGCCCCUCCGGCCCCCCGAGGGCGCCUCCCGCGGCCCGGCCCGAGCCUGCCUUGCAGCAGCCCCACGGACCCGCCCCGGGGCCGCGGGAACCGCCGGCCCCCGGAGACGGGCCGCUGUCCGCUAGCCGCGAAGCCAAGGCAGGGUCCCCGCGGGCAUCCCUCGGCGUCGUGCGAACCGGGGGCCAAGGAGGCGGGGGUCACGCCCGCCCUUUUCAGCUGCAGAGGCCUUCUGGGAGAGCUGCCAGCGUCACGUGUGGUGGGGGAUGCGUGGGAGGGCCCCCUGCUCCCCGUUGCUGACGUCACAAGCACAGGCCAGUGGGCCCUUUCAUCACCCUCUUCCAAAGAGAUCCGGACUGUGCUAGGGGAACCCAAGGCAAGUAACAUGACCCUCCUCCACUCCAUUUUAUCCUCACAAAAACAGCAGCAGCAACAACAGCCCUGUGAGGAAGGUUACCCUGAGCGCCAAGGACUGGCUCUGUCAUUCAGUGAACGUCAUGAACUUCCGGCCUCCACCAUCACAGCGCGUGGGCGACCUCGGAUCACGCUAUUUGACGCAGAAUAUUACUGGGAACUAAUAUGGAACAAUUACAGCUCCAGUAUCUUUCAUAAUUAAUCAGUGACAUCAACCCAGUUUCUAAUUUCAGUAGGCUAAAAAGGUGCCCCAAUCAACUGUGUGGCAGAGCAUGUGUGUUCUCGGAAUUGUUUAAUUUUUUAAAGCACAAAUGCUUAAAACAGUGCACACCCAUUGUGCUGGAAGCAAAGGCUUCUGCUGAUCCUCUCUCCUUUCCGCUUUUUUCUUGGGAGAGAAUGCAUUUGUGCCUCGUCUGAAAACCAAGCGAAUUAUGUUCUUGGCGCAGAAAUAUCAUUUACCUUUAAGCAAAUAUAUACACGUUUAAUCAA